AUGAAUCUAAAAGAAUCUUUGUGUUAUGAUUGUGUCGUCGUUCUCGAUUUGGCCGGCGCAACCGAGACUCCUGAAACUGUGCAGGAAGGUUAUUGUGGAGCCUAUCUUUCUUUCUUUCACUCCUGUGGUCUUAUCUUCCCAGUCCCUGAGCUGAUACUUGAGAUUCUGACGGAGCUUGGGUUAUCGCUUACUCAGAUCCUCCCAAACUUUCUUAGGUAUCUUGUCGCCUUCUUGGUUAGGGCUAGAGAGGAAGGUCUUUCUUUUGGCCUUAGUGAGUUCCGACAUCUCGUUCGACAUCUCGUUCUGGUGAAGCGGAACCAGCAGAACCCUGAUACCUUCCUUGUGUCUCCGUGCCCAGGUCGCCACGUCAUCGAGGACAUCCCCUACCACGAUGAGAAGUGGCCUCUUUCCGGAAGCUCUUCGAUGUCGGACGGGGUUCGUGGUUUGAUCGAGAUUCUUUGGGGAGGUCGUUCGAACUGGUCUUCAUUCGACCAAACUCGGAUUCGAACUAUCUUCGCUAUGCCGGAGGGGAUCAACAGGGCCCCUCUGGUUGGGGGUUCUGAUGACGAGGCCGAACACUCCCAGGAAGUCAUAGCGACUCCUUCCGUUCAGGUCCAGUCUUCGGAUCGAUUAACUAGACAGCUCAUGAGGAGGUCGUCAUUCCGUACUUCCGGGUCUGUGUUGAGGGGCCAGGCUUCUGGAAAAUCUCCCUUGAUCUCGAUUCACGACUCCGAUGAUGAAAACGCUUCAGGAGAGAGGCGAUCUCAUAUCUCGUUGAGCCAUGGCUCAGAGGACGAGACCGUUGCGGCGACUCGCAAACAACGCCGGUCAUCGAAGGGUGCCUUACCCAGCCCAUCUCAUCCUAGGUUUGUUCCUGAGGGAGAUGGUUCUAUGUUUGCGGCCCAAGGUGACCUAAUUUCACUCGCUGGUCGUACGAGGUCUGCAGGAUGCCGUCUUCCAUCUCUUGCUUCCUCAGCCGAGAAGGAGGCUUACGCCAAGGUUGUGGUGGCGAGCUCUAAGGUGAUGGAAGCUUUCAAUGACUAUGUUGUGGUGAUGGAAGACCACGUCGUGGCUUCUCGGAACGACAAGGAAAUCGAGAGCAUAGGUUUCGAGAUCAAGAGGCUUUCGAAGGAGCUCGAGGUCACCAAGCGAGAAGGGAAGAAAGAUGCCGAGAAGAUCGCGGCUUUGAGUGAGGAUGGGAGGAGAAUUCACCAGGAGAACGAGGCUCUUACAACCCAGGUGGUUGCUCAAAAGGCAAAAAUUGCGGCGCUCGAGGUCGAGAGGGAUCGGGACAUUCGUCGUGCUUCUCGCAUUGCUCGCCGUGACAUCGAGCAGCGGUACAGAGAGAUCCUUGAAUCUUUGAAGGAUAGGUGGACGAGCAAGAAGAAGGAAGUGUCUGCCGAGAUCCGAUUGUAA